GUUGUGUUUAUUUCUCAGAUAUGUGAUUCAACCACAUCCUCAUGAUAUUACCAAGGAUAUUACAAUGUUAAUGUUAAUUUUUUUAUUUAUUUACAACUAAGACAUACCUAUGGAGCGUUCAGGCAACCACUGUGAAAUGAGGAUAAAGCGAUUCGCUUACUGGUUCACGGGUUUGGCCAUAGUGGUCAUAAUUUGGAAGUUAUGUCUCAUUGAAUCCAGCGUGGACAAUCUCCAGUCUAUUCGAAAAAUAUUAGACUUCCACAAAGACCAGCUCGAAUUAACCCAGCAACAGUUGGUGUUUCUGGAGAAUCUAGCCAAAAAGAAGAGCGCCGGAGGGCUGCCUACGAUUUACGCCGUCACCCCCACGUACUGGCGCCACGUACAAAAAGCCGAACUCACGCGAAUCUCGCAGACGUUGCGUUUAGUACCGAAUGUACACUGGAUUGUGAUUGAAGACUCUGAGACGAAAACUGAUCUGGUUAGAAAUUUAAUAGCGGAGUCGGGGCUGGUGGUGACGCAUCUGCAUGCCAAAACGCCGCCGUUUGAGCAGCUCAAAGACAAGAAAAAAGAACUUGAAGCUGUGACUUGCGGUGAUGCAGAGUGCUUGCAGGACCCACGGUGGAAGCGCCACCGGGGGGUGGAGCAGAGGAACGCGGCGCUCAAGUGGCUGCGCUCGAACCUCCAAGUGAACAAAAACAACGGGAUUGUUUAUUUUAUGGACGACGAUAAUACGUACAACGUGAAAGUGUUUGAAGAAAUGGCGAAAGUGAAGAAGGUUGGGGUUUGGCCGGUGGGGCUUGUGGGGGGUUUGAAUGCGGAGACCCCGAUUUUGGACGAGAAAAGCGGCAAAGUCAAAGGGUACAAAAGUGGCUGGAAAGCGGACCGACCGUUCGCGAUUGAUAUGGCGGGUUUUGCCAUAAAUUUGGAUCUAAUUUUGAAAAGCGAGGCUUCGUUUUCAUAUAAAAUGGAAAAGGGGUACCAAGAGAGCGAGUUCUUGAGUUAUUUUAUAAAAAAGGAGGAGUUGGAGCCGCUGGCUGACAAUUGCACAAAAGUUUACGUUUGGCAUACAAGAACAGAGAAGCCGGUUGUGAACGGGGUAGUUCCAGGUUUAGAGGUUUAAAAGUAGUUUCAAAAUUCCAAUAUGCAUCUGUGAUACAUUUUUUGUGUACUUCCGGCGUUUUAGCGAUUAGGUGAAAAUAAAGAUCCUUUCACACUAA